UGCAUGUACAGUUCUGCAGGCGGCAAUUUGGCCUGAUGGCACGACAACCCGGUUUCCCGCUCGCCAGGGCAGAAGAGCUUGAAGGCUCUGGACAUGGGCUUGAGACCGAUCCUCUUCCGUUACCGGAAACGACGUGGUUAUAUCCGCUGCAGGGGCUCGUGAUGGCAACCCGGCGCGCUGAACGAAAGCGAAUCUGACAUGCCGGAGCAUGAUAUAAGAGGCGGUGUCUCCCGCACAUACCUACAUCACCUGUGUAGCAACAUCACACACGACUUACCUGGCCACUCUGUCUAGUUCACUGUUCUCGGCCGCAUUCCUUGGUCGACAAGCCACCAUGAAGAUCACUAGUCUUGUUUUGAGCUCUCUGAGCGUCCUUCCACUGGCGUCGGCGCUGCCCGCCACGAGGAGACAAGCCAGUUGCACAGCAGCCAACGCCAUCCAGAGGAAAGAGUACUCGGAUCUCACCACGGACGAGAAGCUCGCCUUCAUCAGCGCCGUCAAGUGUGUACAGAGCCUUCCUUCUCGCUUCGCACCAGGCGAGAUACCUGCCUCGGAGAAUUUGUUUGACGACUUUACUGCCGUUCACAUCGACCUGUCGCUGUCGAUCCACCUUUCCGGCACCUUCCUGUCAUGGCAUCGCGAGUAUCUUCGCCUGCUCGAGACUGUCAUGCAUGAGCAAUGCGGUUAUCCGGCUGGCCUUGGUAUCCCAUACUGGCAGUGGACCAAGUAUAGUGCCGCCACCCUGGAGCUCAGCCCGAUCUUUGAUGGCAGCGAGACGUCUCUCGGCAGCAAUGGCAGCCCGGACCCCAAUGGCAAGCCAUACGAGCUGACUCCAGGAGUCUUCGUCCCGCACGGCACGGGAGGUCUCUGCGUCGAAAGAGGACCUUUCGCGAACACUACCGUUCGUUUUGGGCCAUAUCCGAACUCGGCUAUCUUGACAGGCCUCCCAGCCAACUGGACGCAGCCAAACCCGCGAUGCCUGACACGCGACAUCAACCCUACCAUCAUUGGGGGAUUCCUCAAUGCAGCUCGCAUCGCCCAGCUUCAGGCCUCGGAGAACAUUGCCGUGUUCCAGGAGCGUCUGACGCCCAACACGGCUACUGCCAGUGGUGGCCUCGGCGCCCAUCGCUCCGGACACAUUGCCAUCGGAAUGCCGAUGAUGGACUUUUUUGCCAGUCCGCAAGAUAUCGUCUUCUUCCUUCACCACGCAGAAGUGGACCGCCAGUGGUCCAUGUGGCAGGACGCGGACGAGUCGCGCCGCUUCAGCUACAAUGGCACCAGCACGGUGCUCAAUCCUGUCGGGGUCACCCCUGAGGUGUCCAACUCGACCGUCAUCACUUUUGGCGUGUUGGGCGACGACAUGACGCUCGAGGAGGUGGCCUACAUCAACCAGGGCCGGUACUGCUACCAGUAUGUGUAGGUAGAUAAAAGAAUCCGCAUGUAAUUUACGACAUGCAGUAGGAGAAUGGAAU